AUGGAGAGGUUCAGUCCGCCAGCGGCUUCGCUGAAGAAAAGAAUCAGUCCACCGAUCGCGUGGAACCUGGGCCUCACCAGCAAGGAGCCGAGGAUCAUCAAGGUGAUCCUGCUGGGCCAUCAGGGCGUUGGCAAAACUGCCCUGGCCGUACGGUUCGCGACGAAACGUUUCAUCGGCGAGUACGACGGCUCCACCGAGAGGAUUUACAAGGUGGACAGCUUCCUGGACGCCUCGUGGGAGCUAACCGACCCGCCAGGAUUCCUGCCGCCCCCAACAGAAUUCAAACUUCGAUUGGCGGACGCUAUAAUCCUCAUUUACUCUGUGUCGGACCGGGUCAGCUUCGACGAGACUUCUCGCCUACGAUUUCUGGUGUCCCACGCGAGGAAAACCAGGAAAGUACCACCGGUGGUGAUCCUAAUAGCGAACAAAUCGGACCUGUCGUACACCCCGGGCGAAAGGGUGGUCUCCACGUCGGAAGGGCGUCAAAGGGCCGAGGAGAUCGAGGCUCACGCGUUCCACGAGAUCUCCGUCAGGGAGUCCGUCGAACAGGUCAUGGCCGUUUUCACCGACAUCUUCAAAUUGUUGACGGAAUUGCCGGGCAAUUCUGGCCAGCAGACGAGUUUCUUCAGGGUGAGGGCAUCCACGGACGGCACGCUGAACGCUCUUCGUCGCCCCUCGCCCGUCCCCCUCAAAAGACGAUUCAGCAUCUCCGUACGUGGGACGAUACACUGAUCGCCCGAGGAUCAACGACUUUUGGUUACGAAAACGCGUUUUUUUUGUUUUCUUUAUCGAGUCGCUGUCCCACUUAGCUCGUGAGAAAAUACCACGAAAAUAGGGAAUUUUGAGGUUAACCACCUUACGAUGCAAAGGGAAUGAGAACGAAAAUUUUUGUUACGUUUUAAUCAAAUUGCUUUUACUGAUAUCAAUUUAACUGUUUACUCAUUGAAUGUGAAAGAUUAUUUAAGGAAAAAAAUGGAUAAUUUAAGCGUCUAUUUAUAUUAAUAUAUUACUCAUCACAGUGUAACGACUGUAGGAGGAAGUUCCUCAAGCAUAAAUUGCUUAUGAGUCUUUACUAUAUUAUAGAAUAUAAUGUCGCUAUCCUCGAGAAGUAUAAAUACAUUGCUUAUAUUACUUAUCUUAUUUAGCAAAUUAUAAAAUAGUCGUACAGAUAGGCAAUGCUCGAACGAUAAAAACAAAAUAAUAUUAUACAAUGUUAUGCUGUAAUAAAAUAUUUAUAAUCGAGGAAGUUAUUACGUCGUACGAACAGUUGACGUGCCGAUCGUUGCAGAAAACGAUCGAUAAGUUCCCCGAAAGUUUACAGUGUGACUCGCAAAAGAAUUCCCGUUUUCUGCCCCUUAUUUAGGGGCCACGGAGUGUCCACGAGGAUUUCCCCACGUGGAAAAAAGAAUUUCAAUUGUUCAAGAGCGAGAAAGCAAAUGUGAGGCUGUCUCUCUCGAUUCCCACGGGACGGUCCGAAAUCACUUCGGGCAGCUUCGGAGAAUCGAGAAAGAGGGCAUGUGUCAGUUUGUCUUUGUCGACUCUCCGAAACUGUACGAGCUCACGUACGCGUGAUCUGGCAUAGUGUGAGAAAGUGGUAUGAGGUGUCCCUGGUGCACCGUCUGGCAUCUCUGAGGUCACGUGGUUGCAUCUGGCGUGACAGCCGAGUGCAGAGUUGACGCAAACACAAUCCGAAGCAGAAAUUUUCCGAUUAGUACCGACGAAAAAUAGUAUAACGAAAAAGUCAAUUUUAUUUGAACAAAACAUUGGUAGUAAAUAUUUUUGUCC